CACUAGAUGGCGCCCAUGCCAUUUCAAAAUUAAUUAGAGAAUAUUUUUUCUAAGCCUUAUAUUUUUAAGUUCUUCGUGUGCUAAGGAGCGGUCAUUCUAGUUCUCGAGCCACUCAAGACUUCUUGACUUCUUACAUCAUGCUUACUGUACUGGAAUGCAUCACUCAUCUCUUGCGCUCGUGUCAGACAUGUUGCAACAUUUCUCAAACACUUAAUAAAACCUUGCAUUCGAAAUAUUUUGCUAGAUAUGACUUAUCAACUGUAUUUCCCAUGCAUGUUCUCCCUUAUAGUUUUUAAUGUAAGGUAAUAUCGCAUCAAUAUUCCAUGCCUAAUAUCAUCAAGGCAAACGUAGUUUCAGCAAAAAAAAAAAAAAAAAAAAAAGAAAGCAGACAAAUCGCAGAGAAGGUGGACAAGUAGACUGACGGACUGCUCCCUGCUCUGGGUUUGCUAGUCUCUUCAUACUUAUCAUUCCUCUUUCCCGGUUCUUCAUGCCAAGGGAACUACGACUCCCAUGAAACCGCAUAGUGCCUACUGUUAAUAUCAAUAUGGCUUCUGUCUGUCAGACAAAGGCAAAUCUGUCUCGCAUCGAAAUGAAAUCAAUUUAGGAGGACAGCGAGGGCGAGCUAAGCAAACAAAAUCCUCGGUGCAUAUUUGUGUCGGGAAUCAGGGGAAACAGUUACAGUAGGACCAAUACAUAGCCCAGUAAUUAAAUGCUGUGGUGGACAGAGGCCCAAGAUUCACAGAUCAAGAAUGUCUCAUUACACAGACGAGCCUCGCUACACCAUCGAGCAGAUCGACCUGCUCCAGCGGCUGCGUCGCACGGGCAUGACCAAGCAGGAGAUCCUGCACGCGCUGGACACGCUGGAGCGGCUAGACCGCGAGCACUCCGACAAGUUCGGCCGCCGGCCGGCCCCUUCCUCCACGCUCGCCAACAACGGCACGCCGGCGCUCGCCAACAGCAUCGCCGCCGCCGGCAACAACAACAACAACAACAACAGCAGCGCUUCCGCUGGCAUCGCCGCGUCCGGCGCCAACACCUCCAGCCUCGCCUCCGCCAACUGUAAUGCCUCAAUCGCCAUCGCCGCAGCAACCACCACGACCUCCACGGCCACCCAGACGGCCUACCGGGGCGCCGCCCUCUCGCCAUCCUCAGCUAACAACUACGACACCUCGCCCCCGCCGCUGCCGCUCACGCUGCCGCCCCCCUCCAUGCCCAUCCCCCUGCCGGUGCCCACCUCCGCGCAGAACGGGCGCGGGGACAGCCUGGCAGUCAUGGCCAACGGGAAGCUCUCUCCGCCCCGCUACCCCGUCUCCAACGCCCCGCCACGGCCCUACGGGUAUGAGCCCACGGAGGAAGAACUGGACAUUGAAGACAAGGUGGAGGAACUCAUGAGAAGGGACAGUGCCAUAAUCAAGGAGGAAAUUAAAGCCUUUCUGGGAAACCGGCGGAUCUCUCAGGCAGUGGUGGCUCAGGUCACAGGUAUCAGUCAGAGUCGUAUCUCCCACUGGCUGUUGCAGCAGGGCUCUGACCUCAGCGAACAGAAGAAACGCGCCUUCUUCCGCUGGUACCAGCUGGAGAAGACCACGCCUGGUGCCACCCUGGCCAUGCGCCCCGCCCCACUGGCCUUGGAGGACAUCGUGGAGUGGCGACAAACUCCGCCCCCGUUGGGCUCCACCCCCGGUAGCUUCCGCCUGCGCAGGGGCAGUCGCUUCACCUGGAGGAAAGAGUGCCUGGCCGUGAUGGAGAGCUACUUUAAUGAUAAUCAGUACCCAGACGAAGCCAAAAGGGAGGAGAUUGCCAAUGCCUGCAACGCCGUCAUUCAGAAGCCAGGGAAAAAGCUGUCGGACCUCGAGAGGGUCACGUCCCUCAAAGUUUACAACUGGUUCGCCAACCGCCGGAAGGAGAUCAAGCGGAGAGCCAACAUAGAAGCAGCAAUCCUGGACACUCAUGGGAUAGAUGUGCAGAGCCCUGGAGGUCACUCCAACAGCGACGACAUCGAUGGCAGCGACUACCCUGAGCAGGUGGCCUCGGAUCAAGCUCUGGGCGGGAGAGCAGUGGCCAGAGCGUUUGGCUUCAGCAGAGGUGGCCUGUCAUCUCCCACUCAGGUCCCCACUCUGCUCCCCAGCUGGCUCUCCCCCUGGCCCAGCCCGGGCAGGGUGGGCCUGGGAGUCCAGAGGGGGGCAGCUGCAGGUGGCGCCCCCUUAGGGCGGCUCGGGGGAGGGCUGCAGGGGCAACAACAACAACAACAACAACAACAACAGCAGCAGCAGCAGCAGCCGCAGCAGCCACCUCAGCAGCAGCAGGCGUCAUCAGAGGGCCCCAGACUGACCGCUGUCUCCUGGUCUCCCUCCCCCCUCCAGGAGGAUGGCACGGGCCACGGCGGGGAGCACCAGGACCCCAUCACGCUGGCAGUGGAGAUGGCAGCCGUCAACCACUCCAUCCUGGCGCUCGCCCAUCACGCCACCACGGGCAGCGGGGACAUCAAGACUGAGGUGCUGGAUGACGACUGAGCCACCCGUCCUGUCCUAUUGACCCCACCCCCACUACCCACACAACCCCCCAAAAAAACCUCCUUCCCUUCCCUUCCCCUCUCUCCCACACCACGCCACCCCUCCUCUCCCUCUCCCCCGGAGCAGACACUGCUGAGGGGCACAGGGUGAGGCAUGAGGUGGGGGUGGGGGCGAGGGAGGAAGAAGAGAUGGAGGUGGAAGAGAAGACCUUGUGAGUGGGAGACAGAGGGAGUCUGUGUUUGUCAAAGUGUGAUGUGAAGAUGAGUAGGGGGAAGGUGGUGUUGGUGACAUCGAUGACCAAAAAAAAACAAAGGCAAACAAAAAACAGACAUAAUGAUAUAAGUAGAGACUCACCGCCAUUUCUGACAUUACCUGCUUCCCGCCCCGAAAAACACCAUCCCCUUACAGCUCAUGUUGUGAUAGGGCGCCCCCUAUAGACAGAGGUGAGAAUAGACAUCCUCUGCAGUUUUCAGUGUCUGUGAAACAGAAACAUAUAUGCUCUUGUCUGUGUGUAACUAAAAUCAGAAUACUCUAAUAAUCACAGAACCUGUUAAUUUCCCCUGGGGUAUGACGCCACGUUGCCUAUGCGUUUUCUUUUUGGCGCAUUUGCCCCGACAAGUCAGUAACGGCCCCUUACCCACCUCUGUACCUCUUAGCUGCUGUCCCUCUCAGUCGAUCUCCCUCCCUAUGGUUCUCUUUCAGUGCUAACUGGCACUAGCAUAGAUGCCCCACUCCUGCAGUGUGUAUCUAGAUUCUCCCCCAGAUGCCAAUGGCUAUGAAUGGUCAAGAAGCGAACUGGAAAUCAGAUCGUCUGCAUGAUCAAUGCAAUUGUCAUCUGUUCAUAUACGACAGGUUCUUCCACUAUUCAGCGAGUAUUCUAUCAGUACCACACUGAACGGUUUUAAUCAUUUGGGAUUUUUUUUUGUCCUGUUUUUUCAGAGUUCUUAGACAUUUAGACAGUUCCUCACACGACAGAUAACCUCACAGAGUCAUGUACAAUAAUAUAUUCUCUGACAGCUGCUGUAGAAUAACCUGUUAUCAGUACAAAUGUUGAAGAGGCCAUACUCUUCAGUUGCAAAUAGUGUGAUGCUAACAGUGGUCUAACCAGUGGGACUUUAAGGUGGUGUGAGAGAUGUUAAGGGAGACUGAGAGAUUUUAAGGUAGCACGAGCAAUUCUAAUGCAAUAUGAGCAAUGUCAGGAUUGUAUGAGAGAUUUUAAGGAAGUAUGAGCUAAUUCAAGGUGGUAUAAGCGAUGGUAAGGUGGUAUGAGCUUUUUCAAGGUGGUAUGGGCGAUUUUAAGGUGAUUUUCAGGCAGAUUUUAAGGUGCUUCUUUCUUGCACUCAAAGUGCAGUUGGGAGAAAUCGGCUUCCUGACAAUCAGGCGAUGGAAAAGGCCAAGUGACGAGGAAUAGGAAAGCUGUGUGUGUGUGUGUGUGUGUGUGUGUGUGUGUGUGUGUGUGUGUGUGUGUGUGUGUAUUUGUGUUGCUGACGGGUCACAAGUAUCUGGCUUUACCCAAAGUGAUUGUGUAUGAUUCCAUUUAAUGGGCCAGAGUGUGAGAUGAUGAGGGUUCACAGUCACCUGCUAUGUCCACUCUGGUUAUAAAAAGCUAUCGGACAGCACUCGGCCUGUGUGUCCUUGCAUUUUGCUACUUGUGUUAAAUAAUGUAUUUAGCACACUAAACAUUUACCGUAGCCUUUUUGUCAUUGUUAAAGAAAUAACGGCAACAUAUGCUAUUUUUUUUUUUUUAUAAUUCGCCCCCUAGAUUGCCACUUUAGUACAGAAGUACAAAUAGACCCUCCAAUCUCACUAUGAGAGUGCUCAUCCUUAGGCAGGAGAGUCUAUCUGAAACCUGACAUUAGUUUGCUGUCAUUAGGUGCUCGCUUGGAGUGAUGUUGGCAGAUGUGGUGUGGGGAUCUUAUAACCUACCAAUGCCUCAUAUAUCACUGUGUUGAUUGGGGUCUGGACCUGCUACAUAGAGAUUAUAAAGUAUUAUUUCAGCACACCUCCUCAGCUCAUUGAUUGGCUGGUCAGAAAGCUCACAGACUCAGCUCUUCUCAACUGAGAGUUUCCUGACUACAAUCCCAGUGAACACUGACCAGCGAUAUAGUCUGGCAGUGUCAGGAUAUGGAGUGGAUGGGAUUUUGUGGUCUAAAUGGAUAAGCUUCUGAUACAGGAAAGCGUUUGCCAGGAAAGAGUACUGUGCAAAACCAUUAAGUUCUGUCUAGACCCCUAAUUGAAAUUCACUUUUGCCGUCAAAAUCAGAUCUUUGGGAAUGAGAAGUACUCAAAAAUAAGAGCCUUAUAAGGGAUCAUGUAUGGGGUCAAGCCAAAGAGAGUUUUUUUCUUUUCUUUCUGCACCCCCUGCAUAGAGCUUGGUUGCGUCCCAGUUUAUCUAUCCAGGCCUUCGAGAAGUGUGUUAGGAUAACAGGCAGGUGUGUUGGAGUCAGAAUACAAAUCAGUAGGCCAGGUCUGGCGAAAGAACGUUGGGUUCCCUUGCCCCGGAUCUUCCACAUUUCACGUGUACGUGCUUCGCUCCACAGCUGUCCAUAGUGUUCUCCUGGGGGGGUCUGCCAAGGCGGAUCAUGUUGGCACGGAAACCGAGCGUGCCCAUUGGCAAAGUAUGAGUGUAGGUCUGACUGAUGGGGUGAGACGGGGACAGGGACCGGCCAGGCUGUGGUUAUUCAGUGCCACCCGCUGUAUCAUAAGCGGAUUCCCUUGACCCUUAGGACGCUGCUUUCAAUGUGAACGGAAAAUGACUAGAUAAGCUUUUUAAGAAAUCUAUCCCUUCUCUUUCCUCAUUAUGUAUUGGAUGAUGGUUAAGCUGGUGUGUGCACCACUUCCUUUCCCUCAGAGCUAGACAGAACUCCGCAAUGCUCUGCUAUCAGUAUCUGCUAACCUAAUGCUUACUUCUAUAUCAAAUGUAUCUCAAGAGACUAUAAAGGAAAGCUAUUCUAAAUCAAGAGACAGAGAAAUAUUAUACGUUUUGAUUUCUUUCUUUGUGUAAAGUUCUGCCAAGCAGAAGUGUAUAGCAUCAAAUGAACCUUUGUUAUUUUGUCAAGAAAUGCUUUAUGUGUUUGAAACACAUUUCCAGUUUCAAACGCUUCUUUAAAAUAAUCAUGUUUUAUUGUUUUCAUGUUUAUCUGUUUUGUAUUUUUUAUUAUCAUGUAUGCACAAUCUGCCUUUUGCGUUUACCCUGGUGGGCUCUCUCAAUGGUAAAUCCGCCAAUUUUGGGACUUUGGAAUUAAUGAAAUUAGUAAAUUCUAGAGCCAUUCUAGACUGCUCUGUAGGAAAACCACAGACAGCUAUGUCCAAAAAAAACAAGAAUAAAAACUAAAAUAAAUCUGGCUUUUCCCCUCCGCAAGGUUACAGUGCUAGAGCAAAACUUACCAUUAUAAAAUGCUAGCUAUUUCACUUUCCCUUCAAUCAUGAGACAUAACUAACCCUGUGAAACUUGUAUAGGCUAUACCUAAAUAUAGACGGCGUAGGCACAUCAGCUCGCUUGCUAAUGACACUUUAAAAACAGAGAGUAAGUGCAUGGUUGCCGUGCACAGUAUGUAGCAUGUAGUCUACCUGCACAGGUAGGUAGCCAAGGUCUGUGGAAAUAAAAAUCACUCGUUACUCUUCCUGGACACUGUUGGCCCACGCUUGCGCAUAUACACAAUGUCUCUAGACGUAAAGACUUAACCGAACAGGGCUGCAGACCAGUAACAGCCUAGAAGACUCCCGAUAGGCUACACCUGAAUGCUUGUAGUGGUCACACAAGGUUGUCGUAGAGAUCUCCCCUCUCCAAUCCUGAAGGAGGUAGUUUGCCAUUGACAACACGGGGGUAUAGAACGCAGCCGUCUUGGUUUCCUGCCCCUUGUUGAAUAUGUGAAUAUAUGAAAUAUAUUAACAGAUGUUCUAUGAGGUGAAAUGGAUAAAAAUUGUUGUAUCAAUUUGAAAUAGUUAAGUCCUGUAUCUUCUCCUAUUUCAGAAUUUAGUGCCUUUUUUGGACAGUAGACUGUUCUGUAAUUACUUUGUAGUAUAAGAUCUAUAUGGCUUUGUUACUUUAUCCUUUGUUUUUUUUCGAAACUUUUUUUUUUUAAACUUUGUGUUUAUUUUAGUAUUGUAUCUUCUAGAGAAUAAAAACUCAUCAAUGACUGCUGAGUCACUUGCCAGUGUUUUAAAAAUGAAAUGUAUCCAUGCAUUGCAAAGACUGGAUGAUCAAUACCAUAAUUCAUAAACUACAUUAUCAUUACCACAAACUCACUUAAAGUAACACUAUGGAGUUUCUGGAGCCGCCAGCUAGGGAGCUACUUUCUGCUGGA